CUUCCUCCCCCUCCGGGCCUGUUUCAGUCAGUCACUGGGAUUCAGUCCUGCUGCAGGUGACAGGCGAGUCAUGGCUUUCUUCACACACCAAAUCUGCAGAAGUUUGUCGUCUUCUGCGGUCAGACAUGCUGCUAUCAAGCACGUCACGAUCAUCGGCAGCGGGCAGAUGGGUGCAGGAAUCGCACAGGUUGCUGCAUCAACUGGCCACUCGGUGACGCUGGUGGACACAAGCGACGACAUCCUUAAAAAGGCUGUCAAAGGAAUUGAAGGGAGCCUUAAAAGAGUGGUCAAGAAGAAGUUUGCUGAUAAACCAGAGGCAGGUGAGGAGUUCAUCCAGAAAGUCCUGAAGAACGUGUCGAUCUCCACAGACGCUGGAUCUGUAGUUCAGGGCUCAGAUCUUGUGUUGGAGGCCAUUGUAGAAAAUCUAAAAAUCAAACAGGAUCUUUUUGGUGCGCUCGACAAGUUGGCACCAGCACACACCAUCUUUGCCAGCAACACAUCCUCCCUUCCCAUCACUGACAUCGCCAGCUCCACCAACAGGCUGGAUAGAUUCGGUGGCCUUCACUUCUUCAACCCGGUCCCUAUGAUGAGGCUUGUAGAGGUCAUUGCAACCUCGCAAAUGAGCCAGGAGACUUUCGAUUCCCUCCUGAACUUCAGCAAAGUGCUCGGAAAAACGCCGGUGUCCUGCAAGGAUACACCAGGAUUCAUUGUAAACCGCCUGCUUGUUCCCUACAUGUUGGAGGCCGUCCGGUUGUAUGAGAGAGGUCAUGCUUCCAAAGAAGACAUUGAUAUCGCCAUGAAACUUGGUGCUGGCUAUCCCAUGGGGCCCUUUGAGCUGGCGGACUAUGUAGGACUAGACACCACAAAGUUCAUCAUAGAUGGUUGGUCUGCAGCGGAUCCUACUAACCCGCUCUUUGCCCCGAGUGAAGUGCUCAACAAGUUGGUUGCUGAGGGCAAAUUGGGCAAAAAGACAGGAGAAGGAUUCUACAAGUACAAGUAAUUCAGUUUUGCAGUGUUGCUAGUUUUACGGGGACACACAUCAAGGUGAAACUAGUCUGAACUAGAGGUCGACCGAUGGAUUUUUAAAUAUAUACAUAAUAGUUUGGAGCAGGAAAAAGCCGAUGUCAUCAACUCCCCCUGCAGAACAAAUCUGACAGUGUCGGACAUGAACAGUCUUUGACUUCAUGAGAAAUUGGGUAAUUGUAGCACUAAACAUAAGCCUAUAAACUCUUGCAUAUAUAUUUAUACAGGAGACCUUUAAUACUUUUGAGAUUUAAAUUGCUUACCAUUACCAAUUAUUAUUGGUAGUAUUAUUACUGUUGUUGAUUUUAAGCAUGAUGUAAGAAUCCUUUUUAGUCUUUUAAUUUUGUACAAAUUAGUUUUAGUUGUUGAUCACUUGGGCGAUUUAGUAACAUGCACUAUUGUUAUCUGCACAACAAUACACCACGUAGCUGUGUGAGAAUGUCCAUUUUAUGGUAAAAUAACAAACAAACAUGCUGCUUUGUGCAAUGCCGCCACACUUUGCAAUAAAAUUAUCCCAUAUAUUCUACAGUGCCAGAUUUAUCACACACAAGGUGACGUAGCAUUUCACUGCAUCUCACCAUGUAAGUGUUACAUUUAUUAUCUAUAGAUCCAUUUACAUGACACUACAAUCUAAGCAUGAUAAUAAACUCGGUAAAUGAAGAAUCAUAUGGAGGCGCUGCAUUUUACACCAAAUAACACAACAAAAAAUACCUCACUGUGACCCUUGGGGAGUUCUGUAGUCACGCCACUUGAUGAAAGACUUCCGUGUAGGAUACACCUGUGUUUCUUCUCUUGAAGCUUCUUCAGAAGCCUCCUCUCUCCUUUCUCCUUGACUCCUCGACUCCUCAAGGUGCAUUUAAGGGAUUGGAACCAUCUCCAGGUUACGGGGGGGGGGGGGGGAGGCGAGGAAGCAUAAAUACAAAUUUGUGUCAGGCAUGAUCUGCCGUACUCGGACUUAAACUGUCUCUGAUUGACUUACCCUGACAUUGGCACUCUGAACCCAACCAAUACCAAUGCUCUUGCCUAAAUCGAACCAACCCAACCAAUGCUGGCAAUGAGUACAAGCCAAUUAGAGGAAGAGUAGGGCGGGUCAUGCUUUUGCUAUCCUGGAAAAUGCAAACUGGCCUCCCGCACUUUGGCUCUUGCACUAUAACGCUGGACCUGCUGCUGUGGUCCAGCCAAAAAAAAUUAUGUAAAUUCAUGGUAAAAUGAAGAAUAAUACACAACCCUCCCCUCUUCUGCUCCAGUUGGUGAUGUACGUCCCUGUGUGGCUGUGCAGCUAUCAGCUACACUAACAAUAGUUUGUAAAACUUCCCAUCAACACAGAUCAAUCAGAUAAAUCGGUCGACCUCUAGUCAGAACAUCAGAAUAUAAGCCAUCCGAAAAGGACUGGCAAGAAAUAAAAAAAAAUUGCCUGUGCCUUCUGUAAUAACAUUUUGUCUGUCAGUUCAUUUUCUUACUGGCAUCCACUGAAUGACAUCUGAUUGUGUGUGAAGAGAUUAAAUUUGAUGACAAUAGA